UCUUCUCUCUCAGAGAUCAAAGCAAGACACCAACCAUGAGCCAUUCUUCCAUGCACUCCUCCACUUCCUACAGGCGCACCUUCGGGAGCCCCCAUAAUAUCUCCAUGUCCUCUUAUUCCAGCGCGUCUUCUCGUCCACCUGUCUCCGGGGGUCGCUACAUGCGCUCCGUGUCACCUAUGGUGUCCUCCCGCUCCACCACCUACCACCAACAGCGUUCCCGACCCAGCGUCCAGCCCCAACGCCUCACCUAUGACAAGGUGGAUUUUACCAUGGCCGAGGCCAUCAACCAGGAGUUCCUCACCACCCGCAGCAACGAAAAGGCCGAGCUACAGGAGCUCAACGACCGUUUCGCUAGUUUCAUCGAGAAGGUGCGCUACCUGGAGCAGCAAAAUGGUGCACUGCAGCAGGAGCUGACCCAGUACAAAGGUCAGCAGCAGCACGGACAGCCCAACCGUGCCACCGAGAUCUUCCAGGACGAGUUGAGGGAGCUAAGACGCCAGAUGGACGCCAUCGGCAAGGAGAGGGAUCAGUACCAACUAGAGAGGGACAACCUGGCAGAGGACUUGGGCCUGCUAAAGCAGAGGCUGGAUGAAGAAGCUCAGAAGAGGGCAGAUGCUGAGAAUAACCUAGCUGCCUUCCGCAAGGAUGUGGAUGAUGCUACAUUAUCCCGUCUGGAGCUGGAGAGGAAGAUUGAGUCCCUGAUGGAUGAAAUUGAAUUCCUCAAAAAAAUGCACGAUGAAGAGAUCCAGGACGUUCAAGUGAGUGUCCAGACCCAGCAGCUGAGGAUGGAGGUGGACCACGGCACCCGACCAGACCUUACUGGAGCUCUGAGGGAUAUCAGGGCUCAGUAUGAGACCAUUGCAAUGAAGAACAUGCAGGAAUCUGAGGACUGGUACAAGUCCAAGUUUGCAGAUCUGACUGAAUCGGCAAAGCGCAAUGGUGAUGCUUUGAAGCAGGCCAAGCAGGACGCCUCAGAGUCUAGGAGGCAGAUCCAGUCCCUGAACUGUGAAAUUGAUGCAUUGAAGAACACGAAUGAAGCGCUCUUAAGGCAGAUGCGUGACAUGGAGGACCAGUUCGGCAAUGAGAUCGCAAACUACCAGGACAACGUAGGCCGACUGGAGGAAGAGAUUCGUCACUUGAAGGACGAGAUGGCUCGUCACCUUCGUGAAUACCAGGACCUUCUGAAUGUCAAGAUGGCUCUCGACAUUGAAAUUGCUACUUACCGGAAACUGCUGGAGGGGGAGGAGAGUAGGAUUACCAUGCCUCUUCUCAACAUUGGCAUGACAAAUCAUCUUGGCGAACGUGAUUAUGAACCCAUGCCAGCCAGUGGAACCAAGAGGACUGUGGUGAUAAAGACAGUUGAAACUAGAGACGGAGAGGUGGUGAAAGAAUCCAAGCGGGAGAAGGAGACUGAUUCGGGCCACAGUGACAAAGACGACAAGGACAACUAGAAAGAACCAGACUAGAUCAUGUGAAGGCUUGUGCCAUGUCUAAAACUAAAACGAAUAUGGUGGGGAAAAAAAGGGUAAAACUUCUUCGUGUUUCAUCGUCUAGCAAAGAGUAACAAACCGCAGGUGCAUAGUUAAAUGAAUACAUUUCUACUGUGUGUCACUUUGGUGCUAUUGAAGCCACCCAGCUGUUCCACAACACAGCUGUGUCAUCUAUGUGACAGCAGAACUGCAACCCUAACAAUUUACCAUGAGAGGCCUUUACUUGCAGUGCAAUCCCAUGGAGUUCUUUGAUGGCCGCAUUUGUAGCUCGCUAUGUGUUCAACGGCAGUCAAAUAGAAGAAUUAUAGCCUAAAUAUGCAAUAUAGCUUUGUAUGUAGUCUUCACUAAACAACAAUAAAAUACAUUCCAGGGGCUUUGUUGUCAGUCUGUAGCAACUAUAUCAAUGAAAAGAAAAAUAAAUAAGUGAAACACAAAAAGAAUAAGGAUUUUUUUUUAAAUUACUGGUUAAAGCAUCGAGCAUAAGGUGGCAUGAUCUGACAAGGAAUGUUCACAA